AGUGCUCAGACGGGGAAGCCUGCGCUAGCCCGCGGCGCUCGCCAUGAGCCUUUUGGAGGAUGUGGAUGUGUCCGACAACUUCAUGGUGAUCACAGUCAUCGUAGAAACAGGUUGCGUACUGCGUCUCCUUUGGAUGUUCGCACGAGUUGACAGGCUGCUGAGGCUUUGCCAGAAUCUCCGGCAACAGCUGCCCCAGUUGACACGUAUAUUUAGACUUUGUAAGUUCAAGGCCUGCGUUCAGAAAGACUUGACCGACGAGGAGAAGAUGGUUUCGGAGGAAGUGGCACAUACCCAGCUGAGAAUCGCCAGAUAUUUUGUUCGCGGUUAUGCGAUCAUGUUCUGGUUGAUAACCAUCACCAUUCAGUGGAAGAUCGUCUUUGACCAGCCAAGGUGGCUUCCAGCUAUGAUCCCCUGGGCAACAAUGAUUUCUGCAGCGGCUCUGACAAUGGGCGCUCUUUUCGAUAGCUUGCUCACCACCAGGACAUUGAACAUAUGGUAUUGCCUGUGCAUGCUGCAGACUGCGGCCGUGACAUCACCUUUGGCAGUGCCUUCAUAUCUUUUGCCAAUAUUUUGGCUGAUGUCAUUUGCAUUUGUCCGUUUGCCGGCCUCAAUGUUCAUUGCAUCCUCGACACCGUUGGCGGUGGUUCUGAAUUUGUGCCUCUCCCCCUUGGUGUGGUCUCGCAUUUGUCUGCAGCGGGUGGAGCUGGGAGACGUCGACAUAUCCAUCUUGGUGUUUUCUUUUGAGCUCAUCGGUUGCGCCUUAGCUGUCGCUGCAUCGCCUUGCGCAAAGUCACUUUUGAGGACGAGGGUGGAGCAGGGCGUAAGAUGUGGCAAGAUGGAAACGGAUUUGCGCGCAGCAUCUGCGCUGUUGAGUUUAACUUGCGACGCGGUCCUAGAGCUUGACUCGGAGAUGCGCCUUGCUUCACACUCUCCAGAACUGGCAGCAUGUCUGCUACGGAAUGGCCAGGGUACUUCGCUGAAAGGCACGCGUUUUACAGACUUCAUGCCACCGAGCGAUGCCGAACAAGCCGCCAUGAUGAUGCAGCGAGCUUCCUGCUCUGAGCCGUUUCGAGUACACGUAUUUCAUACACGAAUGGUGGACAGCUGCUCCAGCAAAUUCCGGACCGAAGUUUUCCAGGUGAGUUACACAAAGUGGGAUGGACAUCUUUCCCACUUGAUUGGACUGCGGGACUUUACCGAUCAGGAUGCUUUGGCAAGCCCUUCACUUGACAGCCAGCCUUACAAUGAUGGAUCCGCCGAGGAUUCCUUCAUCUUGCCGGUUCAGCCAAGCCACAGACCCUCUCGAACCAGUCAAAGUCAUUCAUUUGGCGCGCUUCUGCCGGAGGUCGAAGACCAGUUAUCCUGGCUGGAGAUCGACAUGUCAGAGAUGGUGGUCACUGCUGCCUCCGUUGAGGUUGGCUUCUUGGCUGGUCGGGGCCUUUCAGAGAUCGUCCCGGCCAACAGCAUGCAGGGCCUGGAGGAGAUGAUGCAGAAAGCGAAGGAGAGCCACAUGCAGGGGCAGAUUUGCAAGAUGGCGUUCAGCUUCGGGAAUGUGGAGGUGAGCUGGACUUCGGGCGCCAUCAGCGGCCGGGGGGAGGUGAUGCAGACCAGCGAUGGCUUGCACUUUUUGAUACAAUUUCGGCUAUUGCGCCGCUCUCGACGACGCAGACGCCGGCGCCCGCACCGCUUGGCUUUGUGAAGCGUCCAGAACCAAUCUUGCGCUGCAUAGGCUUCAUGGGACGAACUAUGUAGCCUGCAGGCCCAGGGUGCCACUCCAAAUAGGCACUCGGGCAAAUCGGUUUUAACACGACGUUUUUCCUGAAAUAUCGCCUCAAUUGCGCGAGUCAGCUUCUGAAAAGCGGCUUUGCCGCACGGAAGCUGCAAAUCCGGCCCUGGGCCACCCAUCAGCGGCGCGCGCUCGCCUUUGAAAGGAGAGUUUCGCCAAUAAAGGCCCCAGAGCCGGCUGACUACGUCGUGCAAUAUUUUCUGCCAAAAGCCAGAGAUCUCUCAGAUGAUGUCGUUUGCCAC